CCGGGCAAGGCUGCCAGCCUCACAGGCGCGCUGUUGGGCGACCGGCCGGGGUGCUGCUGUGCCGUGGGGUUGCGCGACGUCACGGGGAUGCGGCGGCAAGAGCGGCAGGGUUUGGCGACAUCGAGGGGACGCUUCAUCGAUAGUGCGGCGCGGUCAGACGACAUCCAAGAUCGAGGCCACGACUUGUUCGAUCCUCGUGGGGGGGCCAUGACGGGGGGUGCAGGGAGCAGCGGUGCGGGGGGGUCUGAGGGUGGCCAAUUCAACCCGCUGUCCGAGAAGGAGAUGGCGAAGUUGAGGCGAGGGAACAUUGUUUGGAACUUCAUUACCGCGGGCCAGUACGUCGAGAUGUACGCCAGGGAGAAGUUGGCCAAGUUCACAGACGCGUGGAUUCAGUGGAUCUAUGUGAAGAAGUUGCUAUUCAACGCCUUCCGUGGUCCGGAGUUCCAGAGGGUGCGGCAGGCAGCAAAAAGAGUGUCUCGCUCUAUCAAGUUCCGGUUUCCCUCGUACAAGCGGGCGCCGGUAUCCCUUAGCAGAGGGCGAAGGUGGCGACGAUGGUGGCAGGCCAUCAUCUUGUCCUUUCCUGCAAAGCACGUGAUCGGCUUCUGCACAGACUCCGCCAGUAACUAUACGGUGGCAGCGCGCAGGUUCGCCACAGACCCCGAGCUCGACAUCAGGAGGAUCACUUGGCUCCCCUGCUCCACCCAUGUCUGCAACUUAAUGUUGUUAGAUAUCGGGAUGCGAGUGGUGUGGGUCAAGGAGACCAUCAUCCGCGCUCGAGCGCUUGUGCGAUUUAUUAAAUCGCACGGUGCUGCUCACACCCUGUUUAGGAAGGUGAGCCCUCGCGUGCAGCUCGUCGAGCCCGUUGAGACACGGUUUGCAUCGGUUUUCCUGAUGCCAACGUGUCUCAAAGGCCGACGAGACGCGUUGGAGAGCAUGUUGCACGGGGAUGCUUGGGCACGCAUCCUGUGGGAUCGCGCCCACGUAUCUCAGGCGCAAUGGGUGCAGCAGCAGAUCCGGGACGGGGAGUUUUGGCAGCGUGUGCAGUACGCCAUCCUAGUCAUGUCGCCCGUCCACCACCUGCUGCGCAGGAUGGAUAGAGGUGGGAUGAUGAUGUCCGUCGUUUACGAGUGGAGUCAGCAUCUGGUGCACUUGAUGAGGAGGGUGGACAUGCCGGAGGACAUGAUCGAGCCGUGUGUGAGUGAGGUUGCCAUCCACAACCUCCACAUGCUAGAGCCCGCACAUGUCGCCGCCCACCUCCUCAACCCUCGUCGACGGUCCCUCACGUAUUACCAUUCGCUGCAGACGAUGGCCGACGACCGUCGUGUGGUCGAGGAGUGCUACAGAUUUCUCCUUGCGCGGACCGGCGGCGAUCCGGUCGGCUUAUUGUACAGGAGCGUGAGGGACCAGAUGAGGGCCUUCCACUCGAGGCGAGGGGAUUGGGGAGAUCGUGACCUCUCCGAUGCCAAGGCGGCCGAUUGCAGGGAGGACAGCGAGACCGAGCGAUGUGCAGCGUGGUGGUUUGAGCAUGGACGUGCCCACCCGGAGUUGCGCACCAUCGCCAUCCGUGUCAUGCACUUGUGGACGUCUGCCUCUCUAGCGGAGAGGGACUGGGCGAAGCACGAGUGCGUCAGCACGGCGAGGCGCUGCAAGCUUGGGUUCGCCAAGCUUGCACAGCUGGUUGAGAUUGCCACCAAUCUCAAACUAGCCUCGUGCGCACGACAGGGUGGUGGCUACGUGUUGCCAUGGGUUAUGGGGACCGGUCGGGGGGGGACGACAACAGAGGAGGAGGAUGAGGAGGAAGAUGUGGAGCCCGAGGUGUGGGGAGCGCGACCUGAUGGCAGUGUUCUCAAGCAGGAGAUCCAGCGGCAGAUUGUCGCUUUCCGUGACAGCCGACCAUCCAGAGCUCGUUCGGUUCGGGACGUGUUCGGCAGCAGAGCGACGGAGCUGCGACCGUGGCUGGAGGGUGGGGAUGAUGUGGACGCUGCGGCGGCAGACGACGACAUCAGCGACGACUGGACUGACGAUGAUGACACGCCGCUGAGUCGCGACCUGACGGCUGAGCGAGUGUACUUCACUUAUGGCGGGGGUCAUGACGGCAUAUCAGUUAUCACGGGUGAUGUGUCGUCGAUCACGCAGGCGAGUGACAGCAGCAGAGCCGGCGGUGGUGGUGGAGGACGUUCGCAUUCGGAGGUUCGCGUGGACGACUUGGGGGAUCAGCAGCCACGAGGAGGUCUUCGGCAUACAAGCAGGCGUUGGGAGAGGGACUUGGAGACAGGAGGGGGGGGGAGCCGUGACGUCGACGACUCGGCUGUCCCUGAGGAGGCGGUUCAGGGGGAGUUCGAUCAUGAAAUUUCGGAUGCCGCCGCGGGUGGUGGGUCACAUGGUGGACGACGCGGUGACGAGGAGACCGCGGGUGUCCCUGAGGGGCAGGAUGUUGUCAAGGGCGGUGGGUCCCCUAGUGUCCCUGAGGGGCAGGAUGUUGUCAUGGGCCGUGGCGACAGCAAGACCGCGGGUGAUGAGGGACAGGGUGCCGCAGUGUGCGGCGGAGGAGAGGGUGGACCCGGUGGAGAUGGGGAUACCGCGGGUGUUGGUGGAGAUGAUGGACCGGACGACGACGAUGACGACGACCACGGUCCCGAGGACGAUCCGUAUAGGCUCACCUUGGUGUUGAGGGACCCUGCAGUGCCUCCCUUGCGCCCUGAUGACACAGCGCACACUUUCUUCGACGCCGAUGCUUUGGCGCAUGCGUUGACGGAUGACCCUUUCGCACAAGUGAGCCGCAAGAGCGGCAAGCAACGGGCCCCUGGGACGGUAUAUUCACCGCCGCCGUUCACAGUGUAGAGCCCUCACUGGUCGGGUUCGUCGCUCAGCGGUGUUAGAGGGACGGAGUCCG